AUGCCCAAGAAGAUCGGAAGACCGUCCGUUAGCUGCGCGGAAUGCAAAAGGUCGAAACUCAAGUGCGAACGCGAGCGAGACAAGAGUGAGGCAUCCCGGAGAGCCACGCUGACAUUCAAGGCGGAGCAGAGGAGUGGCCCUGUUCCCAGUGCCGACGGAGAGGUGAGUCAACUUUCCCGAGCACCGGACAACACCGUUAACGAGGGAGGCUGCGCCAGUCUGUGCCCCGACGGGAUCGUUGCAACGCGCACGUCCGUCGGAGAACUGCGUGAGGAGAUCGUGUCGCUCAAGCGUCAGUUGGCCGAGGCAAGCGCCGGGAAGAGCACUCCGCGCAACCUUGGCCCGGCUGGUGGCAGUGUUACGCCGACUCUGCCUUUGGGUGGCCCUCCGUCGACAACGACACCUGACGACGCCGCCGAAGGAUCAACCACAGUCGGCCAGUUGUCUAUCUCACCUGGCGGCAGAUCCAGAUUCUAUCCUCCAACAGCGGCAGCGCACGUGUUGCCAGAUGAUGGGGACGACGAAACGAACAAGCCCGGUAUCGCCGAGGGUAUCACUUUCCCGUUCUUCCUCCAAGACCGAAGCGCGUUCUUGGCAGAAGCCCGCGCAAAUCUCCCGGCGUAUGAGGACAUGCAGAACCUCUGUGAGGUCUACUGGUCAGCCACAUGCUGGAGAUUCGUACCCAUAUCUCGAAGCUACCUCGACGUUAUCCUUCUCGAAGUAUACGGCAACAGUCGGCAAACCCUGCAACGCAAUGAUGCCGCCCAGCUGGCUCUUGUCUUUGCCGUUUCGGCAGUUGGCAGCCUGUUCGAUGAGCGAGAGCCACCGUAUUCUGAGCGAGCGUAUAGGUUCAAUCGACUGUCGUUAGCGUGCUUAGGAGCUGCCGACUUUCUCACAAACACCUCGGUGGCCAGUCUCUGGUUUCCACCGGGAUGGGGCCUGGUGGCAACUGCCGGAGCGGGAAGUCAACGCAAGGCGAAGAGUAUGGUGGGAACUGCUUACCCUAGAGCGCAUCAAUGCCAAUUUGAUACGCUUCGCCCUACCGACAUCUCCGAAACAUCUUACCUUUACUGGCGAUGGGAAUGGGACGACAUUCUGCAUCGCCUGAUGAAUGAGUGCAUCAACUCGGAAGACGACGAAAGGUUGCGACUCGGCGAUCGGACGGUCCGCGAAUUCUGGGACCGACUGCCUCCGAACCUCAAGUUCGCGGGUGUUAUGAUCUACCCUUCAAUGGACUCGGUACCGCUGUCGUCCCGACGUUUGGAGACUCCCGAGCGGCCGUCGCACGACAGGGAGCUAUUGGAGCAAAUCCGAUUAUCACUUCACCACAACACCGGCAUGCUGCACUUGCAUCGAGCUGCGUUCAGUACUGCCCUGAAGGAGUCCCCGCACGAACCUCUGGAGUCCCCACAGGUCGCAAGCGUUUUGGUGGUUAUCAACGAGGCAUGCGUCAACGUGAUCGACAUUGCGGCCUCACUGGUACCACUUGCUGCCUUUGUCUGCCGGUCCCCUCACUCAAAGCUUGCCAACGAGUGCCAUCACCACCUCAUGCGUGGGGUGACGCUUCUAGAGGCUACCACCACACAGACACCGUGCGAUUGGUAUAAAGUACUGUGCUCCCGAGGUCAAAAGCUUGCGGCACAGGCAACCAACCGGUUGAUGGCCCGCUGGUCCCUGCCGAGUUCAGAGACACUCAUGUCGCGGCCGGAGAACGAUGAGGUCGACACCAUGCUGGGUCGAACGAAUAAGCUGCGCGAGCAGGCUGUGCCUGCCAUCGCAACCACGCCUGCCAUCGCAACCACGCCUGCCAUCGAUGACAACAUUGCUCCUGAUUUCGACAUGUGGUUAAGCGCCUUCUGGCCAAGUACUGAGAACAUCGCCCCUCCCACUGUGACGACGGACGACGGCACGGCUUUCUCGCAGUUGUUUGUGCCGAUGAACGGCUUCUAG